GUGCGUCCGGAUGAGUACUACUCCAGGAACGAGACGCAUCUAAACGUGACGUUGACAGUUGACAUCGGUGACGUCACGUUUGACUGGUUGACCUUCCAGCGCCGCCUGUACAACGGGAAGAUGCCCGGUCCUACUCUCAGGGUCCGUCCGGGGGACACGCUCAACAUUAAACUGGUAAACGAGUUAGGAGGGAACCAGGAGGCCCGACCGAACAACUCCCCCCGUCACCCGAACAACACGAACCUGCAUCUGCACGGGCUGCACGUGUCGCCCCUGGAGCCGCAAGAUAGCCCGUGUGUACUGGUUGCACCGGGAGAGUCCUACCAGUACCAGAUCGAAAUCCCGUCGGACCACGCGAGAGGAACCUUCUGGUACCAUAGCCAUCACCAUGGUGCCGCGGGAUUCCACAUGAAUAGCGGCAUGGCGGGGUUCCUGAUAGUAGAAGAUGACCCGACUGUGAUGUCAGACGAGCUGGACGCCAUCUCCUGCCCCAACAACUGUGAGCACGACGUUCCGCUGCUGUUCGGCCCGUGGUUCAUUUACGUGGUCAUCACCCCUCCCGUGGACUUUCAGAGCUUUGCACAGCUGCAGGACCUAUAUGGAGAUAAUGUCAGGUUACCAGACUACAAUGUGACCGAGAACACCACGCUGACAGAUUGGCUCAUGAACCCUGAGAACGAGAUCCACUACUUUUUGACCAAUGGCCAGCUCCAGCCGACCAUUACUCUGAAGAAACAUGAGAUGAAGAGGUUCCGAAUGCUGUGCGUGGGAUUGUGGGAUGUACUCUUUCUUACAAUAGAGGGUUCCAGCUGUGAAAUGCAGGUGCUCGCGUGGGACGGGCUGUACGUGGAUCGGCCCUACACGGUAACUAAGGUGGUCCUUGGUACUGGAGAACGCCUGGACAUAGCGGUCAAGUGUAGCGAGGAGGGAAGCUUCAAGAUGAAGUCCGCUCCGUCUGCCGACGACUUGUUAAGUCUUGGUCUUCCAGAUAUAGCUUACACUGGGAUACUCGCCACCAUAGUGGUGAACGGUAAUGUUUGA